AUUUUUUUUUUGUUUCAGAUUACCAUUAUCUCAACCAUGAUUUUCCUAUGGUUUUUAGGAAUUCUGAGCCUAACUUCAGGUUUACCAUCUAUGAGAGACAGCUUAACCAACCCAGUGCAUGUGUACGAUGGUGACGAUGCUCUAAUCACCUGUGUAGUAAGAAAUAUCGGCUCUAACACCAUAAUGUGGAAAAAAGAAGAUAGAGAAAGACACAGCGCCAGAGUAUUGACUGCUGGAGAAAACAGAGUCACAGCCGAUAAACGAUUUGGCGUUUUACACGAUUCAGGCGGAGAUGUUUGGGUUCUGGUAAUCAAAAACGCCAAGCCCAACGACUCUGGGGUCUAUGUAUGCGAAGUUAACAGCAACCCCAUCGUAAGAAGUUUCCAUAGAUUGAAUGUACUAUCCAGAGCAAUCACAGCAAACCCCACUGACGUCAUCAUUUACGAAGACCCCAAACCAACUGGGGGAGGAAUCAAAAACCACAAUUACACAGAUUGUUGCUUGGCUCAAAACGUUUCAAAUAGUUGUUUGGGAUUUUGUAAUAUUCAAAGCAUACUUGAAGGUAGUACUGGUCAAGAUCCAGAAAAUUGCGAGCAAGAUUUCCCAUCGAUUGUAAAAUGUAUGGCCGAUGGUAGAAACCACGUCCCGUGUUGUAUUCAUGAACGUGUGCCAGAUAUUUGUCAAGAUGUUUGUCGUGGAGAGUAUACAGCUAUAACUGAAAACAUUAAAACACAUUUUUCUUGUUCUGCUUACACUGAGCAAACCUUGGCUUGUAUAAUGGAAGGUAUAGAGCUGUUACCUAGUCCGCCAGAAAAUGUUGAAGUGGAACCAUUAACUGAAAAAUCAUUGAAAGUUGAAUGGUCUUUGCCAGAAUCCAACAGUGAAACCAUUACAGAAUAUACUGUAAACUUAACAACACUGAGAAGUUUCAAUGAAGAUGAAACUACUAUUUCAAAUAGCACUGUGAAUUCUACAAUUCGAAAAGUUCCUGGCAACCAAAAUUCUACAACAUUCAUUGAUUUAAUGCCCUUUACUUGGUACGAAAUUACAGUAGUUUCUCAUAACAUAAUUGGCACUUCAUUACCAACCUAUUCCCUGAAAACUUUAACGUUGGCUCCUGGAAAAAUAAAGGAGACUGUAAAUGGAAAAGCACCUCCUUUGCCAGACAUUAAAAGUUGUUGCUCGAAUAAAGGUAUUGCUCACAAAACUUGUCUGAACAAACUAUGCGAUCCAGUUGAAACUGAAAAAGUUGAAAUAACAGAUUUGAUGAUUUGUGCUCCAUGGGCCCAAGAUACUUUUGGGUGCCUCACCAAUGGUAUAGACCAUACUCCUUGCUGUAGAGAACGUGGCUUGCCAGAUAUAUGCCAGCAGUUGUGUACAGGAAAUGUAUCUAGCCUGGAUUUCAAUUAUUUCAAAUGUUUAAGAUACAUGGGUGAAUACACUAAUUGCCUGUUGCAAGGUUAUGGGGUACUACCUAGUGCUCCCACUCAAGUACACAUAACCAACGUGGAAGCUGAGUUUGCACUUCUACACUGGUCCCCUCCAAAAACUUUGGGAGACACUGUGACUAGUUAUAACAUACAUAUCAGGCCAGUAAAGCCGCAGGAUGAAAAGGAAGAUGAUGAUUUCAAGAUUAUCCUAAACGCCAAAAGCAUAUGGGUUUUGGAGGAUUUGGAUAGCGUUACCGAUUAUGAGGUGUUUGUUGAGGCUGUCAAUGUACAUGGAGUUGGAAAUCCUAGUCCUAGAUUGACAUUUAGGACUGGAAUUUCCACAAAAUUCAAAAUGAGCGAAGGCGAAAUCCAGUCUACAUCCCCCAGUAACGAAAAUCAGGCUACAACCCUAUCGAAUACCAGUCACAAAGAUUCAUCCAAUUCUUCAAUAGAUAUCAAACCCAAAAUCCCACCAAAAAUCAAAGUUGAAAAUACUGUUGAAGGUGUGUCCUUAAUCGAAGACAAUUUUGGUCAGUUUUUCGACAACGAAGGCAUUUCGCACCAAAUAAAACGAUUUACAUGGAAAAACAAAAACCAUAUCCAAAUCCAAGCGAUCAAUUAUGGAGCUAAAGUAAUCUCCAUAAAGCUUCCUGAUAGAAAAGGCCAAGUGGAAGAUGUUCUACUAGGUUUUGACGAUUUGGCCGGCUACAUAUUUUACGAAAAUUUCUUUUUUGGAUCUCUUAUUGGCCGAGUCUCAAACAUCAUCAAAAACAGCAAUUUCACCAUCGACAACCAAAAAUAUCAAAUAAAUUCCAAUGAUGGAGCUCACAGUAUUCAUGGAGGAUUCAAAGGCCUAGACAAAAUUGUUUGGGAUACUUACACAACUGGCAGGAAAGUUAUUAUGAGCCACAUUAGUCCUCAUCUCACAGAAGGAUAUCCUGGAGACUUGCUACUUAGAGUCACCUUUGAACUAUCACCCAAAAACGAAUUUCUAGUUGACUUUGAUACUCAAACUACUAAACCAACUUGCAUUAAUUUAACGCAUUUAUUAUAUUUCAAUUUGGCAGGUCAUUAUAGCGGACCCGAAGAGAUUUAUCGGCAUAUUUUAACUUUAAAUUGCAACUGUUACACGCCGCAAGUAAAUAAAAUCCCUACUGGAGAAAUAAUGAACGUUAUACAUACACAAUUUGACUUUCAAGUUCCAAAAACUUUAGGCCAAGUUAUCGGAAAUGUAGCAAAAGAUGGUAUUGAUCAAAACUUGUGUGUUAACAGAGGAAUGUUUCAAGAUCAAUGUUUUGUUGCAAGACUUUUGCAUCCUCCUAGUGGUAGAAUGCUGGAAAUAUAUAGCAAUCAGCCAGGAGUUCAAGUGAACACAAGCAAUCAUUUUGGGUUUGGAAUAAAUCCAAAACUAAGCUUAUCUGUUCCAGCUAAAGUUGAAAAAUCUGAUAAAAAUUCACUAUUGUUUGAAAAGGUUUAUGAAAAAGUUGACAAACUAUUAGAAAACGAUAAAAAACAAUGCUUUGAAGAAAUCAAAGGACUAAUAUCAAUAUUUGCUUCAUUGAAAUCAAAAUCAAAUCAAAAUAUUGUUGAUGAGCCAUAUACAAUAACCCCAAUUCAAUUUGAAUAUCUAAAACAAGCUAAUGAAAUUGUUUGUGAUGAUCCUAUUGAUGAAGAUUGUUCAACCUUGAAGCAAACCAUAAGUGAAAUGUUGAAGGUUGUUCAAGUAUCGGACAAUGGCCAAUCACUAGAUGAAUCUGGAUCGAAUGACAGUAAAAGAAAAUCUCAGGAUAAAGUUCGAAAAUCUUCCAGUUGCAAAAAUAUCAACGUUAUUCCGUCUCGUUAUUCAAAUGCAACAGUGAUUCAAGGAAAAGGACAGGCAGUUUAUAAAACUCAUGGAGCUAUAUCUUUGCAAACUCAAAACUAUCCAAAUGCUAUAAAUUUCAAAAACUUUCCUAGAAGUACAUUAUACCCUGGAGAGGUUUACAAACAUUCUAUUAUUGAAGAAGAGGAAAUUGAAGAAGCUUCUGCUUACAAUGUGACAGCUUGUUGUGUUGAAGCAAAUUUGAACAGCGUCUGUUUACCUUUGUGUUCUUACGAUGCCAAUAUGAAUGACAUUAAACGGUUAGCUGUAUGUGGACCUGGUACCGGCAAAUUACCAGCUCCAGUAACAGGAGUCCACGCAAUUGCAGCAGACAGUAACAGUAUAAUCUUAGAAUGGUCUCCACCCGAAGAAGGCCCUAACGUCACAGAUUACGUCAUACAUUAUCAAAAAGUGGACAACACCUCAAUGCACGAAACUUUGUUGAAACUAGAUAAGCAAAUCAACACAACAGGAUAUUAUUACGCUUUGACUGAUUUAGAAGAAAAUGCCAUGUAUCACGUGUUUGUUGUUGCUAGGAAUAAUUAUGGUACUUCUUUGCCAUCUUCGAUAGUUUUUAUUAAAUUGGCCAACGUUACUGAUGGUAAAUGGGUUAAUGCUGUCACAUCACCACCGCAUGCUUUAGCUGUUGCUAGCCAUAGUGCUACUUGGGUUACCAUCACUUGGCAACCACCUGAAUUCAGUCAUCCUUCAGAGCAAAUUUCUUAUAGGCUCUAUUACAAAUCAACAUCUGAUGAAGGAUAUCAAAUAAAAAACACUUCAGUUACAUCUUAUAUGAUAAAAGACCUUAGCCCUAAUACCCAAUAUAUCAUUUAUGUUGAAGCUGUAACAGACAAAGGUGUCAGCAUGCCUUCAGAAACUUUAAUUGCUUGGACUGAUCCUGCUUAUCCAGCUUUUGUUGAGCCUCCAACAGUUCACCCAAUCAAUUUGGUCAUAGAAGGAAGCAGUAUGACAAUCCUUUGCAUAGCAAUGGGCAAUCCAAUGCCAACAAUAUCCUUAUACAUAUCGGGCAGAUUGGUAAGACAAGACACCACUAGGCAUAUGGUGACUGUUAUACAUAAUGUCACAAGAGAUAUGGAUCAGAUUUCUUGCUAUGCUGACAACGGCUAUGGAACUCCUAUGCAAGCAUCCAGAAAAAUUACAAUUAGUCAUGGUCCUCAUAUUCAAGCUAGCGGAAUUACAAUGGCAACUAUUGGCGAUUCCGUAACGUUGGAAUGUAAAGUUGAGGCCACACCAGAGCCGAAAAUGAUUUUCUGGAAAAGUCACGAAGAACGCACGCCAGUUAUUCAAGGAGGCAAAUACGAUAUUCAAAUAAAUAAAGCCAAAGACGAAGAAGACAAAUAUGUAAUGCAUUUGACCAUUAAACAAAUAACAGAUGUUGAUGUUGGAGAAUACUAUUGUCACGCAGAAAACGCCUUUGGCAGUUCAACACAACCUGUUUCGGUUAGAAUAAGAAAUCUGGCAACCAUCAACAAUGUCACUCAAUGUUGCCUGGAACAAAACGUAACGUCCACUUGUAUGGACGCUUGCUCCUUCCAUCUGGAUAUUGAUGCCGUUAUCGAUAAGCCAGAAUGUAUUCAAGACUUUGACAAGCUAAUGCGAUGCGCAGCAGACGGGUCGGAUCAUAGGAAUUGUUGCGCGCACGCCAAUGUACCUAGGAGGUGCUUGGAUUGGUGCCGAGGAGAACCAAUUUUAAGUCCUCCUCAAAAUGUCCGUGUAGAAUUCAUAGACGCGCACUCCGUGUACCUGAUGUGGGACCCGCCAGUCAAAAACCCGCACACUGUAGAAAUGUACCGGGUGUUUUGGAGACCUGUAGACUCUCCGAACCGAUCUAGUCAAAAAGGUGAUACUGCUGAAACAAAACUGAAGAUAUCUGACCUUAAAGAUGGUACUACCUAUGAAGCAGUAGUUAAAGCAGGCAACAGUAAAGGAACUUCAACAUUAGCUGAUCCAAUAAAAUUCACUAUGGGUGAAAAAUCUCUUUACAUCACUCCAGCAGCUAGUCAAAGCCAAGAAGGCAGCCAUGUUGGAGCUGCUGUAGCUAUCGUAUUAGCUUUGGUAGUUGUGGCAGCUAUUGUAGCUGGAGCUGUUUGGUUUGUAAGAGCUAAAAAAAUGCUCGGAGUCAAAGGUACUAACGGAAUUGCUUUUGAAAACCCUAGCUAUCUCAGGGAGGUUAAUAUGGAUAAUGUACAAAUUCCUAAUGGCCAAGACAGUUCAACAACGUCCAAUGGAAGUAUUUCAGUAUCAAGCACUUCUGGUGGACAAGGAUGGAAAAAUGAACAACUUCACGUGCCUGCUGUAGCUCAAGAAGUUAAUCCUACACUUUACGAGGAACUGAAGUUAGGUCAAGAUGGUGCUGGGUUCAAAAGACUUAAGCCCUAAUAUGAGGACUCAACGAAAAAUGGCGGUCAAGAAUCUCGGUUUUAGAUGCUCCAUUUUUUAAACUAUAUUGUGAUAGCAGUAGAAAAAGGAUCUUUAGUUUUAUAAUAUUGCCCUAAUUAUGAGUAAUAUUGGCUAGUAAUUACCAUUUUAGGGUCAGGGUAUUGUACAUAUUAUAUUUUAUUUAAUAUUUUAGCAAUACCUCAUACAGUAUAUGUAUUAUUUAUUAGAGUGUAACUUUAGUAUUAUAAGUUUUGAAAAAAAUGUGAUUUUUAAGUUAACAAAAAAAUAUAUAACAAUGGUAUUUUGGGGUUGAUUGAAAAAAUUUAAUUUAUGUUAAGGUACUAGUAAACUAUUUUCUCUAUUUCUAGUAUGUAUAGAUACUUUUCCAAAAUGUAAAUUAGAAAUUAUGUAGGUAGGUAGUAUUGUAGAAAUUACUGACUGAGUGUUUAAAAAAAAAGUUAUUUAUAUACAACAUUCCAUCAGAAAUAGACCAUUCCAUCACUAUAAGAACAAACUCAUUUCGUAUGUGUCCAAGCAUACACAAAAUAUAAAUGUGCCUUUACGUCAAAAUUUUCUUUUAAAUUGAAAUUACCCUUCCAGAAUUUUCUUGUAAAUAGUUUUUGUAAAUUGUACGUUUACUGAUAAAUGGAGUAGAACCAAAAAAAAAAAUUAAAUAAAACAUGUCCAAAACUGAUAAUGAA